AUGUACCGUCAAGUGGAGGUUGACGAGGCGCAACGAAUUUUUCAAUUAAUUGUAUGGAGAAGAGAUGCUGCCAGCCCCUUAAAAACUUAUCGCCUAAAUACGGUUACUUAUGGAACAGCAAGUGCUCCAUUUCUUGCAGUGCAAGAUGUCUCUGGCACGGACUUCUACGUCGAUGAUCUGCUCACCGGAGCGGACACAGAGCAGGGAAUGGCUGUUCUUCGUCGCGAGCUAAUUGAGAUCCUGGAACCAGCGGGCUUUGUUUUGACAAAAUGGGCUUCGAAUUGCAAAACAGGUACAAGCGACAAAUCGAAUGCGGAAAUUUUACAAGGAGAUCGUCAAGAUCUCAAGACUCUGGGGCGUUAG